UAUUUUAUUCAGUUCGAUACUGACUUCUUACAACGCAUGCGCAUGUAAACAUCCGGUAAGAGUUCGCCGGUGAAGUUUGAACAAACUUUAAUACAUUUAUUAGACAUGCCUGUCUUCAAAGUGAAUGUAAAGUGGGGUAAGGAGAAGUUCAGUGAUGUGGAAUGUAACACAAAUGAACCUCCAGAAGUGUUCAAGGCCCAGCUGUUUGCCCUGUCUGGGGUUCAGCCAGACAGACAGAAGGUCAUGAUGAAAGGGACAGUUCUCAAGGAUGAUGGAUGGGGAAACAUGAAGCUGAAGGAUGGUGCGAUGUUGCUGAUGAUGGGUACAGCAGAGGACCUACCCAUGGAGCCAGCACAGAAAACAGUCUUCAUGGAGGAUAUGACUGACCAACAACUGGCAUCUGCUCUUGAAGUGCCAGGUGGCCUGACCAACCUGGGAAACACAUGCUACAUGAACGCCACUAUCCAGUGUCUGCGCUCUGUGCCGGAACUUAAAGACGCCCUCAAAAGCUACAAAGGUGGUCUGGCAACUGGUGGGGCAAUAGUAGCAGCUGACUCUAUAACAGCAGGAAUGCGGGACUUGGUGGUCUCGAUGGACAAAUCUGGUCAGGCCGUCCCUCCAAUAGUGUUCCUACAGGUGAUGCAUAUGGCAUAUCCGCAGUUUGCCGAGAAGAGUGAACAUGGAGGAUUCCAACAACAGGAUGCCAAUGAAUGUUGGACAGAGAUUGUGCGAUGUCUCCAGCAAAAGUUGCCGUCUAUCACAGGCACUCCCGAGUCUCAGACUGCAUCAGCAUCAUCUGCCAGCGGAUUCAUGGACCAGUAUUUUGCUGGAGAGUUUCAAGUCACUAUGAAAUGUGAGGAAUCGGAAGAGGAACCAGCCACAAAGUCUACAGAGAAAUUCCUCCAGCUGUCAUGCUUCAUAGAGAAAGAUGUGAAAUACAUGCAUACCGGAUUGAGAUCUCGUUUAGAAGAACACAUAACAAAGAAUUCACCAACCCUGGGUAGAGAUGCUGUGUUUAAGAAAUCUAAUAAAAUUAGUCGGCUACCAGCAUACUUAACUAUACAGUUUGUGAGAUUCUUCUAUAAAGAAAAGGAAUCUGUGAAUGCUAAAAUAUUAAAGGAUGUUAAGUUCCCACUUAGCCUGGAUGUAUUUGAACUGUGUAGCGAGGACCUCCAGACAAAACUGCUUCCACAGCGGGAAAAGUUCAAGGCACAGGAGGACAAAGAGGCAGAGGAAGCCUCCCAGUUGAAGGCGGCCAACAAAAAACCUGGUAAAGAAGGGGAUGGAAAGAAAAUGCAACAGCAUCCUUACUCAUUUCCUGAUGAUGUUGGGUCCAACAACAGCGGAUACUAUGAGCUACAGGCCGUGUUGACCCACAAGGGGCGGUCAAGCUCUAGUGGACAUUAUGUUGCAUGGGUCAAGCGGAAAGGAGAUGAAUGGCUUAUGUUCGAUGAUGACAAUGUAACAGCGGUGACUUCAGAAGAUGUUCUUAAACUUUCUGGAGGAGGUGACUGGCAUUGUGCGUAUGUAUUGCUGUAUGGACCAAGGGUUCUAGAAACCCAAAUUGAAGAGAUGGAGACCUCAUAGUUCUAAAGAGCUCACCCUUACGUGAUAAAAUUACGUGAUAAACCAGACAGUGGUUAAAGACUUAAUGCAUGUGUUCUGUCUACACUUUGUUGUGCUCUUUAAAAGUGAAAUAUUUAAGUUCCUUGGGCUGUAAUCAAUAUUAUUUUUAUCUUAAGAAUUGCCUCAGUAAUUUCAUUCACUUGAUUGGCCAGUUAUUUUUACUGUCCAAUCAAAUCUCUAAAACUUCCAAGAUUGACUUAUUGAAUACAGCACCUUAUUUAUUUUUGUUUUCACUUUUAUGGAAACCUGAUAUGUUGGAACUUAAUGUUAUGUACUCAAAUCAACAGUAUAUUAACAGAAAUGCCUUUCAAAAUAAAUGGUUAUACUGAUUUACAACAUUCUCAAAUACCUUGGCAGAUGAAAUUUGUUCCUGUAAAACUAUUGCUUUUAUUAAAAAUAAGAUAUAUGUACAGUGAGCUAAAAGAAGAAAUAAAUUUGGUAUAUCUUUG